GUAGCUCGGUCUCCAAGGAGAUGGGCUGGUUCUUGCGUUUGCAACAGUCAUUGGCUGGGGACCUUACGGGCUGGGGCUUAAAACCGAGAGCGAGUGAAUUAUGUGCAAGUCCUUUCUGACUGGGGCAUUCGGAGCUCACGCAGCAGAGCGUAGAGGAGUAGACCGAGGCAGAGAGGAGAAUACCACGAGGGAGCCAUGGAGAAUCCACUCCAGUAUGAGGAUUAUAAGAAAACUGCUGAGUGGCUUUUAUCCCAUACCAAACAUCGACCUGAAAUUGCAGUCAUCUGUGGUUCUGGAUUGGGGGGCUUGGCAAAUAAACUGACCCAAUCCCAGGCCUUUGACUACAAAGAGAUACCUAACUUCCCCCAAAGCACAGUACCAGGACAUGCCGGGCGGUUGGUAUUUGGAUACUUAAAUGACAAAUGCUGUGUGAUGAUGCAAGGCCGAUUCCACAUAUAUGAAGGUUACCCACUCUGGAAGGUAGCAUUCCCUGUGAGAGUUUUCCGACUUAUGAAUGUACACACUUUAAUUGUCACCAAUGCUGCUGGUGGGCUGAACCCUGAAUAUCAAGUUGGGGAUGUUAUGUUGAUCCGAGAUCAUAUCAACUUGGCAGGCCUCAGUGGUCAAAAUCCACUCAGAGGCCCCAAUGAUGAGAGGUUUGGAGAAAGGUUUCCUCCCAUGUCUGAUGCCUAUGACCGGAUUCUGAGACAACAGGCCCAUUGCAUAUGGAAAGAAAUGGAACAGGAACGACCAUUACAGGAAGGAACCUAUGUUGUAGUGGGAGGACCCAACUUUGAAACCAUUGCAGAGUGUCGCUUUCUGCAGAAACUAGGAGCUGAUGCUGUUGGCAUGAGCACAGUGCCAGAGGUGAUAGUGGCCAGGCACUGUGGCCUUCGAGUCUUUGGAUUCUCCCUCAUAACAAACAAAUCAGUAAUGGACUAUGAAAAUCAAGAGACAGCCAAUCAUGAAGAAGUACUGGUGGCUGGGCGCCUGGCUGCCAAGAAGUUGGAGCAACUUGUCUGUCUGCUUGUGGAAAACAUGCAGGCGCCUUCUGAGAAGACUUUUUGACCCACAGACUGCCUGGCCUCCUCAUUUCCCUGCUGUCCACUUGGCAUUCCAGACAGUGAUCGACUUUACUCCCUUGCUUGAGCCAUUUAGCUUUCUGCCUUGAGGUUGUGGUAGAAAAGUGAGAAGUGUUGGUAUUCUGUCUCCUUGGAAUAUCUACUUAUCCUUUCAGAUCCUUCCUAAUGGUACCUAAUUCUCUUUUAUUCCAUUAGUCCCUUCCCUACCAUGGAAAACUGGAUCAUUCCAUUGUACUCCUAUCCCCAGCUAUCAUCCUUCAUUCCAUCUCCAGAGGACUCAUCUAGGAAUUAAACCCACUUUGCACUAAGGUUGCUGCUAAUGUUUUGAAAAGACUACUCGUACAUUCCUGAGUCCUCUGUCAUCUCAUGACUUCUGAGGCCCUUUGUGGUCCAGACCAGUGUGUGUUACAAACUUAGUACUAUGUGGGAAUAAAAAGAUAGACAGAAAUGUUUCUGCUUUUCUGCUGAAGACUUGACAGGGUGGGAAACAAGAGUUUUAGGUUGUGAGAAUAUAUCUGUAAAUAUGAUGAUGACAAAAAGUAUACAGGCUUCUUAGACAAUAAAGAAUGGAUGUUUCUCUAGUUGUAUAUUAGCAAAUUAUGCUUAGGACCUUCAACAAAUACACAGGGAGCAGUGUUUUCUUUAACUUAGACUGUUUUAAUUCAGUUCAAUUAGACACAUAUUAAGUACCACUGUGUGCAGGGAAUUAUUAGGAUAAAUAAUAAAUAAGUUCUUACUAUCAAAGGGCAUUUGUGGUAGGGGCAUAUGAGAUGUGAAUGCACAAUAGAACAUAGAAUAAUAUUUUAGAGUCGGGAAAAAAUUUGAAGUUCACUCAUUUCCAAAUGAGGAAACAAAAGGAGAAAGUCUGUCAUAUAGCCAGUUAGCCUACCAGCUGUAGAAAACCACAAGAACACAUAUAAAGAUGUGAGAAAAAUUCAAGGACCAGUAAAUUAUCUCCAUUCUUAGGGUUUCUUAAGGACAAUUGUAUGAAUAAGGUUAAAAAGUUUUUAAUGCCUGGCCAAAGAAUCUGAGUCCCAGUCUAGGAAAAAUGAGAAAUUAUUGUAAAUUUUUAGCAAGAGAGAGAGAGCACCGAAGUGAGCCUAAUACAUUAAGAAGCUGUCUAGUAGCUCUCUAAAUUAGGACAGAAAUAGAGACAAAUCUAGAGGUCAGUUUAAAAGAUGGACAGUAAUCCAAUCGAAAUGCAACAGGCAUGAACUUAGCUGGUGACAGUAUUGAUACAUUUAAGUCAUGGUUAGAAGUAAAAUUCAUAAGAUUUGGCAACAGAUUUGGGAGGGUUGAGAAGAAUCUAGAAUGAUCCUCAACAUCCUGGCCUUGGGAAAGUUGAAAAAUAAUGGUAUUGUUAAAUAGAAAUUGCAAAGAAAGAAUGGUGAAUUUUACGUGGAAAAAGGGAUGAGUUGUUGAGUUUGACUUGGUCUAUGAUGUCUAGUUGCAGCUGUGCAGUAGCAUAUACAGAUAGAAAUGUAGACCUAGAGCUUAGGAGAAGUCAGAACAAAAGAUAGAUCUGUGAAUCAUUGGCAUAGAGAUUCAUAGUCCUGGGAGUAGAUAAUGGAGAUGCAGGGGCUGAGGGUGGGGAAGGAAGAGUGAUAGGAAGAGGAUGAAGACCCAGUAACCAAAGUGUAAAACAAGUGUCAAAGGGGUCAGAUUUUUCACAAAGGUAAGGAAGCAUGAGAACAAGAAAGUUCCAUUGGUUUGGCAAUUAAGAGGUCAUUGGCAAUUUUGGAGAAUAAUUUCCCAAGAGUGAUGUGAGUAGCAGUUGUCUUAUAGGGGGUUGGGUAAGCAAGUAGGAAAUAGCCUUACCUUCUAACUUAAUUCAACUAAGGAACUAGGGGCUCUCUUAUAUAUGGCAUUCUGGCUAUGGAUGAAACAAAGGAAGUAAUUGUUUUCUGUUUUUCUGAUAGCCAAAAUGUUAUACCAAGGUAAAAUUGUGAAUCUGGCACCCUUCUACUUUUCAGCAGGAUUUCCCCAAUUCCUGAUGGCUUUUGCUCCCAGAGCAAUUAGUGGUCUUAUAAUACCUUAUGGCAGGCUGGAACCUCUAUUCUGGUGCUCUAGUUCCUAGCCAAUGCCCUGUACUCUUACCCUUUUCUAUAAAAACAUACUUUUCUAUCUAGCUAUUAACAAAAGGAAAUAGUGGUUUUAUUUCUAAAUCAGGAUGUCUGACUUUCUUACUUAAGUGUUCCCAGCCUGUGCAAUAUUGUGAUAUUUCAUGGUACCACCACCCCACUACCAAAAUAGUUGCUUCAUAAAAUUUGCCAUUAGCACCUGCUUUUUCUCUCUGCCAGAACAGACAGAAAUUAUGGUUUGAGACUACCUACUGAAUUUUUCUCUUCUAGAUAAGCAUCUAACUGAGUGCAUUUGACCCAAUAGUGUCUAGUGCCUUUUUCAGGACCAAAUAUAGCUUAAUUAUUAGCAAGUGUGUAGAAAGUAAUAGUAGGCCAUGGGAGUUGCAGUGUUUGGGAAGACAAAGUCAAAUAAAAGCUUAUUGGUAUCCUAACUACAAAGCUCAGAAGAGGACAUGCACUCUACUGGGAGUGUGUUGAGCUCUUUAUGGGGUAAAGUGGCUACCUAAUUUUAUUUUAAUUUGAAAGAAAUUGAGUCAUUUUGUGGUGUCCUAACAUUAGCAUCAAGAAGGCAAAGAGAAAAAUUAAUCCUGGAAGAAACUUGUAGCCAAACUCCACAUGCCUUUAUUCUCAUCAGUCCCUUUGCCUGAAGUGUUCUAGGAAACAGUUCUUUUCCCUUUUACCACCUGAAAGAGAUAGUAACUCUUCAGGAAGCCUUACCUAAAACUCCAUUAAAAUUAUAUUUCCUUGGUUUUUGAAUAGCCCUUUGUACUUGUCCUAAUGUUUUUAUAUAUUCUAUUUUACAUGAUAGUUCUGGAUAGUCAUCAUAUUGUUAGUUUGUAUAUUUUACAUCUCCCCUACGUGAUUGUAAAGCUCUGUGAGAAUAAUAUUAUGCCUUAAUUGCAUUUUUAUCUAAUUAAAUCACCUAAUUUAGUAAGUCAGUGUUUUUAUAUGUUUAUAGUUCUGGAUAUUCAUCGUAUUGUCAAUUUGUAUGUUUCACUUCUCCCCCACAUGGUUGUAAGCUCUAUGAGAAUAAUAACUAUGCCUUAAUUGCAUUUUAAAAAUCUCAUUAAUCACCUAAUUUAUAUUUAAUAAAUGGAUGAAUGUAAUGAAUGAAAACAACUAUAAGUAAUGCAAAUAUAUAAUAGUGCUUUUGGGGGCUUUGUACAAAGAGCUUUUCUUACACCAAUAAAUUCUGUUUGCAAAUUUUCA